AUGGAGCAGACAAACGGCGAUGCUGCCGAUGGCCAAAAAUUGGCUGCCAGCGUGUCGAUUGAGAUGCAGCCGAUUGCCGCUGACAUUUACACACAGCCAAAUGGUGUGGAACGGGUCGGCUCGUCGAAUAUCAUGGAGUCUAUCGCUACCGCCUUCUCCAAAUCCAUGAUUGGCACAUCCAUCACCAACUUCGCCGAUGGCGUCGAGGGUGCGAUCGCUAAGAAGCUGUCGUACGGUUUGAUGACGGCGGACAGCGUGAUUGAGCUGGCUCGCAUGAAAGAUGAGUCCGUAGUCGAGAAGGUUACGGAGCAGGUGCAGCAGUUGCACCCAUCUGGACACAAAUCCAGGUUCUCAGCGGCUCCAGUGGAAGACAUUGUGGAACAGUUCGGUCUGCAGGAUCUGACGUUUGGACUUUCAACGGUUCAGAGCAACUUGAACCGUGAUUUUUACGGCAGGAAUAUUUUGGAGGGGUCGAAGAAGGUUCCGCUGUGGUAUUUGUACAUCAGCCAGUUCUUCAACUUUGUCGUUAUCAUGCUGCUGGUUGCUGCCAUAGUUAGCAUUGCACUUGGUAACAUUGUGGAAGGUGUGUUCAUCCUCAUCAUCACAAACAUCAACGCGGCCAUGGCCACCUACAUGGAGAAAUCAGCGGCCAAUGCGUUGGAGAAGUUGGCUGAGAUAUCUUCGCCCACCACCACUGUGGUGCGUGACGGUAAAGAAACGAUUAUCGAUUCGAAGGAUGUGGUUCCCGGAGAUGUCGUCAUCCUUAAAAUGGGUGACACUGUCCCCGCCGACAUGCGUCUUUUCGAGGUGAACGAAAUCCGGGUAAACGAGGCUUUGCUGACGGGUGAAUCCGAAGCUGUCAAGAAGGAGCUGAUAGCGAGGGAUAUGAACUCGCCUUUUGCCACAAACCUGUGUUUUGCAUCAACUUCCGUCGUCUCCGGUUCUGCGCGUGGAGUGGUGAUAAGCACUGGUAUGGAAACACAGGUGGGCCACAUCGCGAAGCAGCUAAAAAAGGCGACGCAAGGCAAUGACAUGACACCUCUUCAGUCGAGUCUCAACAGCUUGGGUGGUAUUAUUGGUCUCAUAUCUAUUGGUGUUCUUAUCUCAAUUAUCAUUGUGGCCAUUGUCACCGGGUACGAAGACCCCACCAGGCCGGACACUAACCGCGUCUUGUCGAUUGUUCUGCUCGCUGUAGGAUUUGCGGUGUCGUCGAUCCCAGAGGGACUGCCUAUGGUUGUGACGAUUUCGCUUUCCAUCGGUGCCAGCGACAUGGCCAAGAGGAACGCGAACAUCAGGAAGCUCCCCGCUGUGGAAACGCUGGGAUGCUGCUCCGUUAUCUGCAGUGACAAGACGGGCACUUUAACCGAGGGUAAGAUGACCACUACGACGCUUGUUGUGUUCCACAGCCGCGAUGAAAAAUGGGCGAGCGAGGAGCUAAGCUUCUAUCCCACGAUGGGGUUCAAUCCGUACGGCGGUGUUUUCCAAAGUGAGCACCUCACGGAGGAGGUUAAGGCGGAGCUUCUGCAAUGCGCCAAUGAGGAGCGCUCUUGCGAGACUGCUGAGUUCAACGUCUGUGGCAGGGACGUCAACACCACGACGUCGCAGCAGGUGAAGGCUUGCAUGCUUGCCGCGUGCCUGAACUCCAAUGCCACUCGUAUAGAGAAGGACGAGAAGAACAACAGGUGGAAGGCUGUGGGUAACAUGACCGAAUGCCCGCUGAUUGUGGCUGCCGCCAAGUGUGGCAUUGGGUCCGCUGUGAACCAGAACGACUCCACCUACGCGGAUUACCCCGUCCUACAGAAGCUUGAGGUCCCCUUCAACUCCAGCCGCAAAAUGAUGUGCACGGUACACAAGCUGAAGAGGGACAACUUCUUUGGCGACAUCAACCUUUCGCGAGGCGGCGACGUGUUCACUCACGUGGCCACACUGAAGGGAGCGCCGGACAUGCUUUUCGACACAUGUAGACUAACGGUGAAACGAGAUGCCAACUUAUGUAAAGUAGACUGGGAGUCACUUGGUAACGGUAACCUAGAGUCGCAGAUGGCCUCGGUGCACGCGGCGAACAGCGAGCUUAGCAGCAGGGCUCUUCGGGUACUGCUGGUGGGCAUCUUCCCGCUGACCGACAAUGAUUUGGAGUCUCUGCGCCAGUGCCAAGAUUCAGAUGAAAGGUUGAAGUGGCUGCUUGGCGGAGGCAACAACGGCGGAUCGCCCUUGGUGCUUCUAGGGUGCGUCGGAAGCCUUGACCCGCCCCGCUUCGGUGUCAAGAAUGCAAUUGAAACUUGCGUCAAGGCCGGCGUGCGUGUGGUUAUGAUCACCGGUGACCAGAAGCGUACUGCGGCUGCCAUUGGAAAGGAGAUCGGGUUGUUUAACCAGUUCGACCACCUGGGCGACGAGGAGACUGGUGUUCUCGAGUGCAGCAAUAUGCACAUCAACAACGACCACUCCGCCGAGUACCUUCCUGAAGAGGCCAUUGAUGCAUACACCGCCAAAGUUUCGGUGUUUUGUAGAGCGCAACCUGAAGAUAAGGUGGCCAUUGUGGAGUCUUUAAAACGCCAGGGAUACCUGACCGCCAUGACCGGCGACGGUGUGAACGACGCCCCGGCGCUUAAGACGGCGGACAUUGGUGUCGCCAUGGGAAUAAACGGCACGGAUGUUGCAAAGGGUGCCUCUGACAUGGUUCUGUUGGAUGACAACUUCUGCACCAUCGUCAGCUCUAUCGAGUCCGGGCGUACCAUCUACGCAAACAUCCAGAAAUUCGUGUCCUUUUUGCUUGGUACCAACAUUGGAGAAAUCAUGUACUUGACCGUGUCCAUCCUUAUGAGGACGCUACCUCCCGUGGAAGCGCUGCAGAUCCUCUUCCUCAACUUCGUCACCGACGGGUGUCCCGCCGUGGCGCUGUCCCGUGAGCCCUCGGAUGCCGACGUCAUGACUAAGAAGCCGCGCCCGCCAAAGCAGCCGAUCAUGACCCGUGACUGGUGGCUGUACGGUAACUUGCCGCACACGAUCUUCGAAGCGGCAAUGGUUAUUUGCAGCAUCCUAUGCGCCUUGUACGUGUGCACUGGUGUCAUCUUCAUGGACGACAUACACAAGCAGUGCCGUUCUGUGACCCUCAGGGACUCCAGCGGCGUUGGCCACGAGUUUAUGUAUUUCUGCAAGUCGUACGAGUACCGUGUCGAGCCGGGCUACGUAGGCUGGGUCACAAACAUAAACUACUUCGACGUUAAGCACGGCAUGAUCAAGACCGCGUUGGGUGCUAUCAAGGGCAAACCCGAAAUACUGACACCGUAUAGCGAGGGGCUCUGGGGAGAAAUAGCCAAGAGUUUCGAGGGCAUUAACCCCGGCGAGGUCCCGGUGCAAUACAAGGACAAGCUGGAGCGUGACGAACAUGGAUGGUUCCGCCCAAAGAGCACCAUCACAGUCAGCGGUCGCGAUGACAAACCCUUCGGGGCUGCGCAUCGCGGCUUCUUCGACAUCACCGCGCGCAAAUCCACGCAAGCGCGCACUAUCUCGUUCAUCACAGCUGUGUGGUGCGAAAUGCUCCGCGCUUACACGGUGCGCAGCUGGGACUUCUUCUACCGCGUGUUCAACCGUAACCCCGUGAUGCACAUCGCCUGCGGUAUCUCAGCCACUGUAACCUUCGUCGCUACGGUGAUCCCCAAGUUCAACGAGAUCAUGCACCUUGUCUCGUUGCCGUGGUGGCAGUACCUCCUCGCCGUGGGGUUUGCCAUGGUGACGCUGGUGCUCGACGAGUGUGUUGCGAAAGUUUUGUACAAACGCUUUGCGAAGAAGUAA